CGGGGGGCUGUGUUAACUAGCUUCCCAGUGAUACACGCGCUGUUCGAUAAGGGUGGCCCGAGCGGCAUGAGCUCUCCACGGAGUGUGUAUAGCCAUUUUCAUCCGAAGUGCACUCCGGAGUGCGUAUAGCUUUACUCAAUUGAGUAUGCUUGGAUUAAUUAAUUAAUUUUUUCCCCUCGUUUUGCAGUUUCCGGAGAAGGGGUGAGGGAAUGCCCUAAGAGAGUUCCAGUUCCCAAAGUGACGGUGGAUGAGAGCUCAGAGGACGAGACGUCCACUCAGAAAAGGAAACAGGCAGCAAAAAAGAAGAAAUCCAAUCAGGCUGCUGCCAAGAAAGAUAGCUACGAAGCUAUCCUUCGGAACCAGAUGAACCAAGCUCACCGGAAGAAUUCUGGUAUCAACCCCCUCACACAGAAAAGACAGCGGGCUUCCAGCACAUCGGACUCCGAUGACUCGCUGGUUUCCAGCAGCGAGUUGCAGGAAGCCAGAAAGAUGACGAAAUACUGGAAGGCCAGGUGCAAGGAGCUGCGGGAAGACAACGUCUUCCUGCAAGAACAAGUGCGUGCCCAGCAGGCACUCCUAGGCUCCAAGCUCUUCACAAUGGAAGAGCAGCAGAACCAGAACAAGAAGGCAGCUCUGAAUCAUGGCAGUCCAGCAGAAGAGGCUGAUGUGGUUGCCGAGCCUCGAGCUGCACAGGGCUUGAAACCCAGAGCAGAGGCAAACCCGGGGCUGCUGGUUAAAACAAAUAUGAAAAAGAGAUCCUCCGUAGAAGCUAGCCAAGGCAGCCAAAGCAGCCACAGCCAAGCUGCUUGCACAAGUGCUUCGAUCACCGCUAAACAAGCCGGGGCUGCAAGUGCUUCGAGGGCUGCGAGUGCUUCUUGUGCCAGUACUGGUGCAGCACAUGGAGGGCUGGCACAAGCGCCUCAAGCUGUGGGUCCUGUUGCAGCGUUGACUGGCUCAUGCCCUGCAGAAUUUACAUACAUGGCUGAUGGUCGUUUUCACCUCCAGAAGGGGAUAGUGCUUACGUCAACACAGGCGAAACGAGUGAUGGCACACACCAAGCCGUCUCUCGUCGUGAAAGAGACGGCCCAGUCCAUUUGGACUACACCUGGGCUGGCAGUAAGAAGUAUGUCGGGCCAGCUGCCAGCCAGCAAGAGGGCUUCGGGAGAGCUGCCCAAACCCGCAUUGACCCCGGAAAAGGUCAAUGUUGUUGAAGCUACCUUGCACCAUUGGGCAGGGCUAAAGAAGGUGGACGUCACCGCAGCGGUCUCCAACCUUGGAAAAAUCUUGUCAGAGAAGAUACAAGAUUCUAUUAAGUCAAUGAGGCGCAAAGAGGCCUAUCAAAGGAUAUAAUGAGCAUCUUACUAGUGCAGCUCUCUUUGGAAUAAAUUGUAAAUAAAGUGCAAUUG